UAAGGACUAUUUGUAGAUACUAAAUGACCUAUUGUCUAUUUCAUUCUUAUUUUUUUUUUCGUAUUAUAUUUUGUUGAAAAUGAAAGUCUUUUAUAAACAAGGAAAAAUUCUAUCGUAUAAAUGAAGUAAAAACUAAAAUGGUACCGUAUUUUCGCGAGGACUUCAUAAACCUAGUGUAUUUUCUGUAAAUUUUUGCAAACUGUCACCAUGUGUCGUUGUGGACUAUGUUUAUGUUUGUGUUUCAAGAAAAAGCCGGAGGAGGUGUUUGUCAAACCGAGGAUGGGAGUCGGACCCAGUACCACUACCCCAAAGAACCUAAUUCUGUAUAUUCAUGGAUUGAGCGCCCCCUCGCGGGCAGUAUGGAUGACAGCCAAGGCAGCUAGUAUACCAGUCACUAUACGAUAUCUAGAUCUGUUCAAGGGAGAACAUAAAACGCCAGAAUUUGCAAAGAUUAACCCCGACACAACGGUACCUACACUACAAGAUGGCGACUUCUCCUUGUGGGAAAGCCGACCAAUUAUGACGUAUAUCGUGUCCCGAUACGGGAAGAACACGAGACUGUAUCCCAAGGAUCUGCAGCAGAGGGCUGUAUGCGACAGACUUCUGCAUUAUGACCUCGGUUCCGUCUACAAAACGAUCAGUGAAUACAUGUAUCCACAAUUAUUUCAAGCGAAGCCCCCAGACACAGACAAAGAAGGCGCCAUGAGAAAAACGUUCGACUACAUGAAUCGUCAACUACAGGGCCAGAAAUAUAUGUGCGGUGACGACAUGACUAUUGUUGAUAUUUCCAUGGCAACGAAUCUUGCUCUUGUAGAACUGAGAAACUAUAAACUCGACACGUGGCCUCUCCUUUGCACAUGGUUUCAGAGGAUGAAAAGUUUGUCCUACUGGGCCGAGUGUAAUGCUGGACUUUAUGAAUGGAAAUCACCUAUGUUAGAAUAAUUUUUAUCAUUACACAGAGAAAGAUGCUAAAAUCUGAGACAUAAUAAAAAAUAACACUGAAUAUCAGAAAGUUUCAGACAUAUUGUAGACUUGAUUAUAUUCAUAAAGGUUUUAUUUUUCUAGUAUUUAAAAUCAGUGCAAAACAUGAAUUCAGAAUGUUGUUGCAUAUGCAGCAGUGUUUCCUCAUUCUUUUUGUUUGGUUUAACAUCACACUGACAUGAUUAUAGGUCAUGUGGUGACUUUCCAGCUUUUGAUGAGAGAGGAAGACCCCAGAUGCUCCUCUGGUCAUUAUUUCAAGCAAAAGUAGCCACCCAGGUUGAACCACUGACUUCCCACAAGACAGCUGGAUGGAUUUCUAACAUACUAGUAGCAGAAUUCUAUGACAAGAGCAGUCUAAGGCAAGUGACUUGAAUUUAAGUAACCUUAACCACUUGACCAAGGAGGCCCCAGUGUUCUCUAAUAACAUAAACAACUAUCAAUCUUGAAUUUCAAACAAUGCAAAAACAUGUUUCCAAUCAAGUUGGGAAAUAAAAGUGAUAUAAAAAAAAUAUUUUGGACAAAGUGCCCUUUAAAAAAUCUCACUUUCAAUAACGAAAAAUUUGCCUUUUGACACCAAUUUGACAUAAUUUCAUUCUGGUAAAGGGUUGGAAGACAUUACACCUUGUUGGAAACUGUAACUUCACCUGUGAGAAAGGAAAGGGAGAAAGAAGAUGAAUGCUUUAAUCAUUUACAUGUAUUUUAUGUUAUAGCUCACAUGUAUAUAUAUACUAAAAAUCAUGCUGUAAAUGUACCAAGUAAGUAUAGAGUUUUCUAACAUGAAAAGGAAUUCAAAUCUGAACAUAAUAUGUUUUAUGCUUUAUGUAUGUAUAUAAAAAUACAAAUAAAACGAGUUUGUAAAAAGAA